AUGAAAAACAAUCUCAAGAAUGAGACUUCUGCUAUUAAGAAAGGACUCAAAGCGGAGAGGGAGGUUCGAAUGGCUUUUGUAGAUACAGCACUCCACACUAAAGUCCCCAAAUUUGAUGUUUUUGAAGGGAAGUCGACAUUUGAAAAUUUUUAUCAGUUCACUCAGAAAAAUGCGCACCCGCAAUCUGUUCUCAACCAGAUUGAAACUCUUUCUUACUCUAAAGUACCAACCACGAAAAAUGAAGAGGCAGGGUUUGUCCGAAAAAGUGAACAACACAAAAACGACCAAAACGACAAAUUGGAGUCAAAAAUUGAACAAAUCGAUGACCGCAUUACUACACCUCCAAAGAAAAUCCAACCAACCGCGAACAGUGCGAAUGCUCCUCUCAUCAUCACCAAAACCAAUUCCGAGACCCCACAUAUCGUUGUGACAAAGAGUCGACCAAAUCAGAAGAUGGACAUUGAAGAAGAUGGAGUCCAAGAUAUAUAUGAAGCAUUGGAAAAUGAUCAACAGCACCACCAACAGAGUAUUACUACCACUAAAAUGACCAUUGAACCUUCUAUCAUCAAGAAAGAGGGAAUGAGUCACAAGAAUGAUUUAUUAAUUAAUACGCCAAUGAACACGUUCAAUCAAGUCUUUGUCGUCGACGAAGAGAAUGACGUCCAAGAGGUCGAGUGCUUGGAUGUUAGUACUAUGGAGAGAACCAAUGGAACUACUGCAACUGUUAAUAAUAAGGACGACCCUUUCGAUAUCUCAGACGAUUUCUUGAAUGAAGUCAUUAACAGUACUGCUAAUACUAAGACAAGUAAAACAGACACGGAAAUGGAACAACGUGCAAUGGAAGAAGAAUCAAUGUUAACUGAGCCCGUGUUUAGAAAGUCAGAGAAAGACUUAAAACGGACAACGAAGAAUAAGGAGAACAAAAAGAAGAAUGAAGACAUCGAAAUUAGUUUGAUGGAGGAGUCGUCGAUUGUACAAAAGAAGAAACCGUCGUUGGAGAUUUCAAUGUAUAACACUGAAGACGAAAUGGAUGUUGGAAAUUCAGUGUACCUUGGCGACCAGACACAGACGAAUGGGAAUACAACAAACACAUAUGAGAAACAAAAAGGUGACAAUCAUGAAGCUAUUAUGAUUGACGACGAUGAUAUUUCCGGGUUGAUGGACACGUUUGAUGACAACGAAAAGGGGAAGGGAGGGAAUGUUGGAAGAGGAGAGAGUACCACAAACAACCCAAUGGAAAUGGAAGACGAGAUUCAAGUGAACGAGUGUAUUAACUUUGACGAAGAAGGCAAGAAAAUGAAGAAUACAAAGAAUAUGAAGGGUCAAAUGACACUCGAAGCGUUUUUCCAUACCAAUCGGAAUGCGCUUGGUUAUAUCAAAAAAUAUCUCCAAGUCAAAAUUACCAACUUGGAAGCGAAUGAUGCGGAGUUGGAAAUUAAAAGGUCUUUGCAAGACGAUUUGGCAAAAAUUGCGAGUUUGGAACAACCUUCAAAUCCACAACAAGACGACUUCAUUGGGGAGGAUUUCUUUGACAACACAAAACAGAUGGGUGUGACAAAUUAUACACUGGAUGGACCACAAAAUGUCCAAAUGGAAGGAGACUAUGUUGAAGCAGUUGAUGGGAUGUUGCGAGAAGAGUCGAGUUUAAUUAAUGAUGACAGCGGAAUUGUUCGACACCAGCCAUUUCGAGAGACGAGUGAAGGUGGACGGUUUUAUGUGUGGAAAUUGAAUGAGUUUUUGAAGACCAAUACGGGUAUUAAGAGGCGGUUUCCGAUGGCCGUUGACAGGCGUCCUCCAAAUGGGAAAGGGAUGUAUCCGAUUGAUACCGAUUGGGAACACACAAGUUUUACCUGGGACGAGGUAGCAUUAAAGCAGAACCACAACGACUUUGGUAACGACUCAUUCAGACCGAGUCAAAAGGCGAUCAUUAAUUGUGCGUUGUCUGGACACAACACACUUGUCUUAAUGCCAACUGGUGGGGGGAAGUCACUGUGUUAUCAACUUGCGAGCGCAUUGAUGACGGGAAUCACUGUUGUUAUUUCGCCAUUGGUGUCAUUGAUUCAAGACCAAGUCGCCAAUUUAAACUCGACGUCACUUGAGAACAACGUUUUGGCGUAUUAUCAGGGGUCGGACUUCGAAGCGGGGAAGAGGUUCUUUGCGGAGAGUAAAAGCGUGUGCAAGCCGAAGUUGAAGCUUGUGUUCUUGACACCGGAACGAAUACAACUGGACUCGUUCUUGGAAGCGCUGGACAGUUACUACAACAACAGGAAUUUUGCGCUGAUAGUGGUAGACGAGGCGCAUUGCGUUAGUCAGUGGGGACACGAUUUUAGAGAGUCGUACCAGAAGCUUUCUGUACUGACGCAGAGAUACCCUGGCGUGCCACUUAUGAUGUUGACUGCGACAGCGACGGAGAGAGUGCAGAAUGACAUUUUGUUGUCUGUUGGUGUUGAGAGCGCUGUUGUGUUUACUCAGUCGUUCAAUAGAAAGAACUUGAGGUACUGCGUCAAGCCGAAAACUAAGAACGUCAUCGACGACAUUGAGAAACUGAUCAAAACGAAGUACCGAAACCAGAGUGGGAUUGUCUAUUGUUUGAGCCGCAAAAAUACGAAGGAUGUCUGUGAUCAGCUUGUUGCGCGUGGGAUAAAGGCGUGUUUUUAUCACGCCGAGCUGACUCCGGAAGAGCGACAGAAAGCGCAGAGAGGGUGGAGUGAUGGGGAAUUUGAUGUGAUUUGCGCGACAAUUGCGUUUGGGAUGGGUAUCAAUAAGCCUGAUGUGAGGUUUGUCAUCCAUCAUUCACUUCCAAAGACCCUCGAAGGGUAUUACCAAGAGAGUGGGAGAGCAGGACGAGACGGAGAACCCGCGGACUGCAUUUUAUUUUACUCGUAUCGUGACAAAUUUGUGUAUGAAAGGUUUUUAAUGGAAGACCAAAAGAAGAACAAUAGUGACAGUGAGCACAUAGAACUCUCACGAGAUAACUUGAACCAAGUGAUUAGCUAUUGUGAGAACACCGUGGAUUGUCGAAGAACUAUGGUGUUGAGAUAUUUUGGAGAGAACUUUGACCCGAAGUGGUGCAACAAGACGUGUGACAAUUGUUAUAACCCUGCACAAACGGAGAUUGUAGAUUUGACGGAAAUAGGAAAGUACGUUGUGAAGCUUGUGGAUAAACACAAGAAAAUAACGUCGACGAUGGCCAUUUCUAUAUUGAAAGGGGCAGCGGCUGCUGCGAAGAAAUAUGGGAAAGACGAAAUUGGGUUUGGCUCUGCUAAAGGGAGAGACCAACAGCUGCUCGAUCAACUAAUGAAGGAGAUGUGUUUGUCCAAAAUACUAAGCGAAAGGAUAGAAGAGUCAGUGCACAAGAACAUUGUUGUGUAUUUGAGGUUUGGAGCGAAUUAUAACAAAUUUGUGAGUGGGAAAAUGCCGAUCAACGUUCGAAUUAAAAAGGUUGGGCACGACGGAGUGGAGAUGGAGAGUGGUGUGAGGAUGACGACAUAUCAAAGCGAGUUGUUUGAAACGCUGGACAACGUUCGACAAGAGAUAUUAGAGGAAGUGCAAAAGAAGACGGGGAAGGGGUCGUUACUUAAACACAAUUUGGUUGACACUCGCGCGCUGAAUAAAAUAGUGGUGGUGAUGCCAACAACAUUGGAGGAAUUUGAAGAGAAAAUCACGAUGAAAAAGAAUAUCAAAAGUGCGUAUGGGAAGAGGUUUGUAGAUGCCGUGAAUAACUUUUUGAGAGAACACAACAGACAAGAGGUCAAGACGACAAACCCAAGUAUAAAUGUAGUCAGAGCAGCUCCGAAAUUAAGUCGAACGAAAGUGAAAGUAAGAGAAGAGGAAGAAGAUGAGGAAGAAGACGAUAGAAAUGAUAAUGGAAAUGAUGAUGAUAUUUUGGACUUGAUCAACGAAAUGCAGGACGAAGGAGAAGAAGAAGAACCAAAGAAGAAAACACGAAAGAAACGAACGACUGCAGGCGAGAAAGGAGAAAAGGGAGAGAAAAAGAUGAGCAGACCGACGAAGAAAACAACAACCAACAAGAAGAAGAAAACGACAAAAACAGUGAAGAGUACUUUUAUCAAACCCAUGUUGUAG